AUGGCGCGAUCUCGCAAAACUCCCACGUCCGGCACGACGACAACACUGCCGCCCCUUUCGCAGCCCGACCGCUCCGGUGCCGGCGUCGACGAGCAGACGCUCUUCAAGAUUGCCGAGCAGCGACAGCUCUUUCAACAAGCGGCCGCGCGCGAAAAGCAAUCAACGGUGGCUGCGAAACAGGUCCGCGUUACCGACGGCGAGAACGACUCGAGCGACGAUGAUGAGGACGACGAGGUCCCGACGCUGUCGCCCGGUGCGGAGCGUGUCCUCGAGGCCAUGCUCUGGACUACAUCUCUCGCCAUGCUGCACUUUACGUUUGACGUGCUUGUGCAGCACCAAUACGGCACCGAAAUUAUGUGGUGGCAGAUCUGCCAGCGGGCCUUCAGUGCCUGGGCCGUAUUUUUACUCCUAUUUUACGCGCUACACCCUCGAAAAUCCGAUGAGACUCUUCUCCCCGGCCUCCCCGCGCGAUACCAGUCCCCGCUGCGACAAGCCGUCUUCUUCACCAUAAGUGUCGUCUCUGGGUGCUACCUCAUCUAUGUGACCAACAUGAAGGGCUACCUCGCCACGCAGAAGCGCGCCCCGCCGCUCGGCUGUCUCUGGAUCUGGGCCGUCAUGGAGCUGGACUUGCCAUGGGCGACGCUGAGCUUGGUCGUGGCAUCGGCCUACAUCUAUUUGAAGGGAUACAAUGUGAAAUAG